ACUCUCUGUGUGAAAAAUAAACCUGCCCCACACAUCUCCUUUAGACUUUGCCCCUCUCACCUCAAAGCUACGCCCUCUGAUAUUUGAUAUUUCCACCUUAAGAAAGCCUUCAGACUCUCUAGUUUGUCUACACCUCUCAUAAUUUUCCCACAAUCACUUAUACAAGUGAGGGGAAGAUAGUGGGAGAAAGAACCGUUCCAAAUUGCCUUGUUUGGUUUGACCUGUAAUGUUUGUAUGCAGAUUCUCAGUAAAGGAGUGAUAGGUCCAAAUGUUAGUGCAGUUGGUUAGAGGCAUCAAGCUCUAGUAUCAGUUCCAGCCUGCAGUGAGGAGAGCUCUCACAGAGCAGCUGACCAGAGCAGCAGCUGCGUUAAGCGGAAGGUGCUAUUUUGUCCCUUUGCACUCUGUUUGCUUGUGCCUGAGUGGGAUUGUCAGUAUCUAUGGAAAUUCUGUUUAUUUAGGGAGUGAGAUAACCCAGAGAAGUGUCAAGUCACUUGGUCUGUUCAGAUUGGUAAUGUAUAGGCCAACAGUCAUCAACAGUAUCCCAACAGCCUGGUGCUCCUCAGAAGUGCAUCGUGCGUAAAGAGAACAGUUUGUAAAUGCAUGGAACCUGAAGCUGUGAAAACAAGUUGUAGACAUCCAUUUGCAGGCUUGCAGAUCAAAGUUGAUUGCUUGUGGUGAUCCCCAUUACUAAUUGUGCACAGGAUCAAACACAAUGUGAUUUUGGGGCUGGCUUUUGGCAGCAGUUUGCUGCCUCUAAUGCUGGCAGCUGGAACUUGAUUUACUCCUAUUUUCUAAAUAAUUACUGCCAAUGAUCCACUUGAAAAUUGAAGCCUCCAAAAGCACAAAUCUGCAGUGAAUAGCUAUCAUUUAUCUAUCGUCUCGAUUAAAAACUGGCAGGCAGACAGAAAAGUGGACCGGAUUGAAGACGUGCUUUUUGACAGUACACAGGACAACAGGAAUCACUGCUGGGCAGCGCAAAAAUAAAGCUUGGAGCAAUGCCAGAUUCUCCCGCUGAAGUUAAAACUCAGUCCCAGUUGACACCACCAGCGAUGCCGCCACCACCUCCCACCAUCAUACAGGGGCCUGCUCGAAACAUUUCUUUCUCUCCGACAACAAAGGGAUUGGCUGGGCUGAUGGUGGAUCAUCCGCAGUGCCCCAUGUGGAUUCGCACUAAAGAGCUGGGAAUUGCUCCUGUACAGCAUUCUCGUACUUCUUCAGUUGUGCAGAGCACAAUAUUAACUUUCCCACUGCUCUCCAAUACCAAGCAUAAGAGCAAGAAGCCUGUAGCAGUGAUGAAUGGGACCAAUCAUUUGCCAACUGCAAUCAGUGGGGCCCCAUCAAUCCCCAAAGGGCUCAGCGAUGGUCCAGCCACCUCUACCACUGCUUCUCUAACCAAUCAGCAGUUGCCUCCCACUUGUGGAGCUCGACAACUCAGCAAACUGAAACGCUUCCUGACUACACUGCAGCAGUUCGCAAACGACAUCUCCCCAGAGAUUGGAGAGCGCGUUAGGAACUUGGUGUUGGGUCUUGUGAAUUCUACUCGGACUAUUGAGGAGUUUCACUCAAAGCUUCAGGAGGCAACCAAUUUCCCCUUGAGGCCUUUUGUCAUUCCUUUCCUGAAGGCGAAUCUCCCACUAUUACAACGAGAACUCUUCCACUGUGCUCGGCUUGCGAAGCAAACACCAGCGCAGUACCUGGCCCAACAUGAACAGCUGCUUCUCAAUGGCAAUAGUAGCUUGCCUAUUGACUCCUCUGAGAUUCUGCUGGGAGUGAAUGAAAAUGGUAAACGAAGCACCCCCGACAGGACCAAAGAGAAUGGGUUGGAUCAUGACCCAUCACACACAGAACAUGUCAGUAAAAGGCUGUGCGCACUCAGUCCUGGUCAGUGUUUCAGUCCCAGCCACAGGCUUGGACACCAAUCUAAUGGGCCUCAACAUCUGGCACCACCCCAACUGCAGCACUACCGAUUGGAGGACAUGGCUGGAGCCCAUCACUACAGAGACUCUUACCGACAGCCCGAGCACAAGGAGCUGAGGGAUCGCAACCGGCCUGCUGCUACAGGAAUACAUGGAACUCAGCAGGAAGAAGUCAUUGAUCAUCGUUUAACAGACAGGGAAUGGGCAGAGGAAUGGAAGCACCUGGAUAAUCUCCUGAAUUGCAUAAUGGAUAUGGUGGAGAAGACUCGCCGCUCAUUAACUGUGCUGAGGCGUUGUCAGGAAGCUGACCGAGAAGAACUUAAUCACUGGAUUCGUCGCUAUAGUGAUGCUGAAGAUAUGAAGAAAGAAAUACGUGGUGAGAUGCCGCGCAGACCAACACAGGGAUACACACGGGAAGAGAUCUGGAAAAAAGCUGAAGAGGCGGUGAAUGAAGUGAAGCGCCAUGCCAUGACAGAGUUAAAGAAAGCUGUGUCAGAGGCAGAACGCAAGGCCCAUGAGAUGAUCACAGCUGAGCGAGCAAAGAUGGAGCGUGCGCUGAGGGAGGCCAAGCGGCAGGCUUCUGACGAUGCACAGUCUGCCAUCAACCAACAGGAGGACUCCAGUGAGGCUUUCCCCAUCCACACAGCCUCCUGGAGCAGGGAGGGCAAGGCAGAUGAGCCUGCAGACAUAUCCACCAUUACCAGGGCCACUCCGUGUCCAUUGGAAAGGAGCCGCACUCACUGUGGGCUCAGGCAGAUGGUUUUGGCUGCUCCUCCCUCGGAGAGCUGCUGGAAUUGUGGUCGGAAAGCCAGUGAAACGUGCAGUGGCUGCAACACAGCCCGUUACUGUGGCUCCUUCUGCCAGCACAAGGAUUGGGAAAAGCAUCACCACGUCUGUGGCUUGAACGGCCAAGGCCCACAGUCCAUGAGUACAGCCAGCAGCCCGCCCUCUGAUUCUGGGAGUCACCUCCAGUCCGAUGUCGUCCCCAGUAGUGGGGCAGAAUGCACUGGAGACACCGGAUCUGUGGUCUCUCGCUGUGCCUCGCCAGCCACUCCCAACCCAGUCGAAACUGCCUCCCACUAAUCAACAAUGCAACUUCUCAACUACCUGAAGACUUCAUUGAACUGACCUCUCUUCACUUGUUAAUCCUGGGAGCUUCAACAACCUCACUCAACCUAGAUGAGACAAAGAAAUCUAACUGCUUUAAAAAAAUUAAAAAAAACACGAUUUUCUGGUUAUUUACCAAAUGUUCUCUCUUCUGCAGUCUCACUGGUUCUGAACAUUAUCUAGAGAUUUCUCUCUGGACCACAGCCUGUGAUGAACUGAUUGGACAGAGACUCAAUGUUCAGCAAUAUUCCUCAUUAAGGUUAAAAUGAGGGAAACUUCUACCUUGUAAAAGAGGUAUGCUGCUUUAAAUAUUCCAAAAAUACUCACAUGGACAUGACCCAACCCCUGGCCACCGCACUCUGCUCUCCAUUGCCCUCCUAUUUCUUCCCCAACAUUCUUUCUUGCCCUUGGAUUUAUCCCUGACCUUUCUUUCCCGAUGACUUUUCCCAACCUUUCUUCCUCCUGGCCUUACCCCAAAAUACCUUUCUUGCCCUUUGGAACCCAUCCCCUUUACCCUUAGAUCCCCGCACAGCCACUCCCCGAACCUUUCUGCCUUUGUAUUCCCCACUCCUCCAAUCCUUUGCCCUUCGAACAGCCACAUCUCUUUCCCUCAGGCCUGUCCAUGCCCUUGGAUUCCCCACCCUCUUGCUACCCUACUGAGCAUUCCAGAGGAUCAUUUGCAUGCUCCAAAUACACAGUUAUACAACGUAUAAACCCAUUCAAGACAUGCUUACAGAUGAGAUUGUUCAGUCACACAUAAAGGAGCACUCUCCCUACUACCUUGCUAGCCAGCCAAGAAGACACCAGAUGCACCUCGGCUCCACCAUAAACCUAAACCAUGGACUGCCAAAGUCACUCAUGGAGGAGGAGCAGCAGCGGUCCGUAACUCUCUGAGCAAGUGUGGUCCUCGGCUGUGGUGCUUCACACCAAAGGCGCCAGCUCUCCAGGGCUCCUGCCUCUCUGCAUUUACAGAUUUAUCAGUUGGAUUUGCUAUUGUCAAUAAUCCUGAAGGCAUAACAUUAGAGUUGGGUAAAAGAACUACAUGUGAAGAGCCCACUCUCAGUGACCUCACUGCACUGACUACAAUGAGGAAAGUAUCAAUAAUGACAAUCGAUAACUUUAAUUUCUUUUUAAGCAUGAAUGAAGUUUUGACUUGCUGCAGCCCUUUGAUUCUCUACCUCCCUUCUCUUGUUUUUGGUGGGGAUUGAUCCCGAGAUCAUUAUGUAUAAUAUUCUUGCUCUUGUGAUCUUUCAUGUGAACCUUUGUGGUGUUCAGGUGUAUCUUGAAUCAUGACAGUUUUAUUUUUUCAUGCAUGGACUGAAUUCUUAAACAAAAAAAAUAUGGAAGCUUCCUACCCAUUUCUCCUGAGACUCUCAUCCUGUCCUGCAGCCAAUGGUGCAUCACCACAAGUUCCCACCUAGCCCACUCCGUUGUCUUCCCCUAUAACCUCCUGUCGUCUCUCGUGAUUAGUGGAGGCAGUCAGCAACUGUACCUGCACCACCCCUUGGCUCCAGCAAGUUGCCUAAUAAAGUUAUCACCGGAAGGAAACGCCGAAAAACAUUCUAGCGACUUUACUUCAUUUUUACUGAUUUCCCAGUAUGACCAUCUGUAUAGCGUCAUGUCCAAUGAUGUCUGUCACUCAUGCACUGAUAAAGCAGUGAUUAGCUGUUCAUCCUACAGAAGAAUGCAGUAUUGCUCUGUCUUGGACACUGCACAGGCCACGAGCCGCCCUGUGGCCUCAGUGUUAGUAGAUGCUGGAGCUGACAGACUCCCUUGGCACUGUGGACCACAUCGAUUUCCAUUAUUCGUUACUGCAGAGAGGCAGGAAGGUGACAACUGGAUGGAUACGAUAGUUACUUUAUUUAUCGUGUGAUUAAGGAUAAUGUUUAUUUUUUUAAAUAUCUUAAUAUAUAAAUAUUUCUGAUUUCUGCAAUAUGACCCAUUUUCUGUUUCCAGCUUUUUGUGUUCUUCAUGCCUCCUACAUCCUAAAGCUUACCAAUACUCUGCAAAGCCAUGGUUCCCCAUCUUCAGGUUCAAUUACACAGACAUGGGCCCCCACGAUGCUCAUGGAGAUGUUGUGCUGGAAAUUGUGCCCAUUCAGACUGCGAGCUAGGGGCUCUGCUUUACCCCGGCCUGGCCUUGCUCAAGUCCAGGGCCUUGCCAACUAGGAUAGAGUGGUGCCCACAUGGGUACAAAACUGAUUCACUGCAAGCUUCCGUCUCCCAUGCACCUGGCCUGGAUACUGAAUAAAUUCUCAGUAACACCGAUUCCUGAUUGCCCCAAGCAGCAUUUGUUUUGCUCAGGGAAGUGAAUAUUAAUAGUUGUGAUUUGGGAUGUGCUGCCUCGAAGGGCAACAAAAGCAGAUUCAGUAGAGGCACAAUGGGUAAAAUAGUUCCCUACAUCCCAUUCUCUCUCAUGCACAGUUUCAUUCUUGAAUCUACUAUCCAAAAAUUACAUUAUAAACCACAAAAAUGACAACUGCAAAGCAAAUUAAUUUGCCUGUACUGAAUUAGAUUACUUCCAGCAAAGAGAGCCCACAGAACAAAUGUUAAAUCCACCUGUUGGUCACCAAAGACAGCACCUUAUAAGAUGUUCUGUUUCCUUCUGCGGUCUCGUUACUUCACCAGUCCUCUAAUAUUCUGGGGAAUCGCCCUCUGGGAGGCACCGUCUUUCACUCCACACCACUCCAGUGAGCUGCAGCUGUAGGUGACAGAGCACAGACCAAAUCUGCUUGUGCUCAGUCACUGAAAACUUGCUCAUUGGUCCAGUGUCUACUGAGUAUGGCACUCAACAGCUGAGGGUUCAAGCACCAAAACAGGAAUAACAGCCUGGUACAAGGAUCCAGACUAUUCCAGUCUUGCGUCAUCUUGUUAUCCUAUACAGUCAAGCCUAACUGGGUCUGACCUCUCUCUUCAGCUGUUUGGAACAGUGAGGGAAUGAUUGAUGGUGAUGAGAGUGUUGGCAGACUGACUUCAGGAGUGAGCUGGUGUUUGUGUUUAUUAUAUCAUUUGGGAAAGGUGUUGGCAGUAGACUGGAUAAAUCUAAUGUAUUGAAUUCACUGUGCAAUCAUUCAAAGUACAGAAACCCUUGCCACUCCUGGAGUUCUGUAGCCAUUCUAGUGUCAUAUUUGGGCAUGCUGUUCCCCCUGUCCUGGGCUUUCUAUGUACUGUUAUAUUCAGCUGUGAUUGUAACAUGGAAUCAGGUAUGUCUGUACUUAUUCUGUACCUGUGUAAUAAAAGAUUUUAAUAUCACAUUGAAGUUGCAAUAGCCACAGCACUGUUGUGCAUGUGGGUUGCCUAUCCACAAACUAUUUGCAAACAUCCAACUGUUCAUGUGGCCAGAUCAAUGUAAAAAAAACCACUAUACUUACAACCAAGUUAUUUGUCUACUGUACUGAAAUUCACUUUGUUGGCAACUGCUUAACUUAGACAUAGAUGUGAAAGAGCUUCCAACAUAGUCAAAGAGUACAGCACAGAAACAGGUUAUUUGGUCCACCAUCUAUGCAUAACUAAAACUCUGAUCUUGUGCACUUCCGGUUUGCGCGGUUUUUCUAUUUGCGCAAAAACGACAUGCGAUAAAGUGCUAUGAUUUUUGUCAGGUUACUCACCGUUCUCCUGU